AUGCAAAGGUGGGGGUGGUGGGCCACGGUGGCCUUCCCGACCCUCCUGUCUGCACAGGCCUUUCCACAGACGGACAUCAGUAUCAGCCCAGCCAUGCCGGAGCUGCCCCGGGCUUCCCUGUGCCCACUGUUCUGGAUGGAGUUCAAAGGCCACUGCUAUAGAUUUUUCCUUCUCAAUAAGACUUGGGCCGAGGCCGACUUCUACUGCUCUGAGUUGUGCAUUGGCAGGAAAUCCGCCAAACUGGCCUCCAUCCACAGCUGGGAAGAGAAUGUCUUUGUAUAUGACCUUGUCAACAGCUGUGUGCCUGGGAUCCCAGCUGACGUCUGGACAGGGCUUCAUGAUCACAGACAGGAAGGGCAGUUUGAAUGGACCGACGGCCCCUCCUAUGACUACAGCUACUGGGACGGGAGCCAGGCAGAUGAUGGCGUACACGCGGACCCAGAAGAGGAGGAUUGCGUGCAGAUAUGGUACUGGCCCACCAGCGGUAUUGAUCCCUAA